AUGCCUGGCCUUCGGCCACCUGGCCUGGAACUGCAAAGAGAGACUAUGAUGUGGUUUCUGCACAUUUUACAACUGAACACCAACAAAAAACGUUCGACCAUGGAAGCACUCCUCAAUGACCGCAAAAUUGAAGAUUUGAAGGUGCUACUCGUACAAGAACCCCCUUUCACAUAUUAUACAACACCAAUACAACACCCACAUUGGAGGGUGUUUCAAACAUCAUGCACUGAAACACACGCCACGGGGCGCAGUCUAAUAUAUGUCAACAAGCGCAUAUCAACCUCGGCAUACCGCCAAAGGCGGUGCCACAGCCCAGAUGUAACAGCAAUCGAGCUUCAGAUAGGAGAAAGCCAGAUCUUAAUUUUCUCCACAUACAUCCCACCAUUCGACCCAGCAGACAACCCAAUACACCAGACCUUAAACAAAAUCAGCCGGACAAUCCGGCUCUCACUCACAACCACAUUGAUCAUCGCAGGGGAUUUCAACCGACAUCAUCAGAUGUGGGGUGGAAUCCAGGUGAACUGA